AUGAAGCUCUUCGCCACUUUUUUGGUGGUUUCUAGAGCGAUCAAAUGCAGAAAUGGAGGAAUAGAGCACGUGACCGGAAGUGGUUUUGAGUUUUGCGAAUGUGUCGAUAGCUACUGGGGGACUAAUUGCGAGGAAGAAGACGUUUCCAGAGGUAGUAAAAUUAACUGCAAAUAUGUGCACCUCAACGACGAGUACCUUUCCAACGUCCUGAUCCCCACCGACGUCCGAAAAGACUACCGCUGCUGGGUCUUCUACGGCGAGCCCGACAUUUCAAGCGAGCACGAGCGAAUCGGCUUCCGCGUCCGCAAGUCCUUCAGCUACGAUGGCCCACCAAUGUUCGCCGAGUCCGACCCCACCGAAGAUCUUUGCGAAAACGACUUCCUCACUGCUGGAAAAUGCAUCAUCGACGGGGAAGUUGUCUAUGACAAGUUCAACCAAACACUGACUCAUGAAAACGACCACUGGGAGCACUUUUGGUGGCAGUGGGAGCAAAACCACGGCACUGGCGAUCCAGCUUUGAAUGCCAAGGACCCAAAGAAAAACAAAAACUUCUUCUUUUUCAACGAGCAUUUCAACGCCUUAAAACGAAAAACCGUGGAAGACGCAAUUCUUCAUGCAAAUAUGUCGAUUUCUGCCUCGAAUGUGCCGACCGAGUUCUUUCAGGCUUCGGACAUCGUUACAGUCAUUUAUAGAGAAACGGCGAAGAUGAAGGAUGAAGCGAAAGAAUAUUUGUUUACGAGUUGGAGCGAUGUGAAUGAAUGCACUGCUGGGACUCAUAAUUGCGAUCCGGUUUAUGGCGUUUGCACUAAUACAAAGUUUGGCCACGAUUGCGCCUGUAUUCGCGGCUCCACCCCUCGAAAUGGCACAGAAAUCGGCACAGCAUGCCGAGUCACAUCUCAUCUUUCCAUCGAAGUCGCUGCUACCGAUCCUCUUUUCAAGAAAAUCGAAGAAGUUGAAGACGAGCUGGACUUUUUCGUCUGGAACUUGACAAGAACUGAUCAAGAAAUUCGAGAUGGAAUUGUCGAUUUUAGAGAUAAUAUGCUCGCUCAAAAGAUUUUCACAAUCAAUCAAUUGGACACUCUUCAAGAACAGGAGCUGAUCACGGAUGAGCUUCAGUUGAAAGAAAUUCUGGCGAAUACAGCUGUUAUUGCAGAACAAGUCGAUACUGUCGAAACUUCGAUGAGAUCGGAGCUCCAGAAAUACAACCAGAAUAUGGACAAUCUUGCCAAGAAUACAUCUACCAUCACCGCUCUGGACAAGCAAUUCGCCAGCAUCGCGGAACGACUCUUAUUCGAAGCGGACACGGUUCUUUCAUCAGAUAUCUCCCGAAUGAACAAUCUUCUGGACACGACGCUGGACUAUCUCACGCGGCUCCAAGAAAACAUGACGAUGACAGAUAACAAUGGCGUCAGCCCCGGUCAAUCAGCUGUCGAGUCCGGAAUCGCCAGUCUCGAAGCUUAUUGGAGGGCGGAAGUUCAAGCGUUCAAGGAUAGCGUGGAGGAUAUUGAUCAAGCUGUUGAAGCGAAUUUCGACUUUGUUCAGAGUGAAUUACAGGCUAUUGACAACCAGCGCGGAAAAUACUUUUCUUUGGUUCUCACCGAAGAAGUCCGAAAAUCGAGCUUCCGCGCUGGAACUGUCUCUUUCCCGCCUGGAAGCUAUGAUGGUUACGAUAUCGUCCCAAUGACCGACGAGCUUCUCUUCAUGGAAGCCGGCUACUAUCUUUUCACUGUCAACGGAGUGAUGGCGCCAAACGCCGUCUUCCAGUGGUACGAUGUCAAACUACAGCAAUACGUCGGCAGAGAACUUGGUGUUCUUGACCUGACUCGAGAAGGGACCGAUUUGCUGUCGUCUUCGCAGGUUUUGGCCAUCAACAGAUGCGACAAACUCAAACUUGAAGUGACCCAAGGAAAGCUUCUCCCCGGAACUCAAGUCCAAAUCUUCCGAAUCAACGCUGCCUUCGAAGGAACUGCCGUUUCUGGCAACUGUUUUACUCAAUAA